UAUUUUUGAGUUCGGGUGAAUGAAGUUGGUUUUGUUUUGGUUCCAGGGUUGGACUUUAUCGAGGGACAAGGGGAAGAUUUCGAGAGAGCUUUAGAACUUACUGGUUUUGGAAAGUUCCACUUCUUACUAUUGGCAGUAUGUGGAUUCAUCUACUUGAACACCGCUGUUGGUAUCACGAUGAUAUCCUUCGUUCUACCCUCAGCAACUUGCGAUUUCCAGAUGUCUUCUUCAGACAAGGGGUGGCUUACUGCUGCCCCUAUGCUUGGGAUGGUGAUUGGCUCAUAUUUCUGGGGAUGCCUGGCUGAUACCAAAGGAAGAAAAGUUGUUUUGAUUGGUGCUCUACUCAUGGAUGGGAUUUGCGGAUUGUUAUCCAGCAUUUCACAAGUGUAUUGGUUGUUUAUGAUAAUGCGAUUCUUGAAUGGAUUCGCAAUAACAGGCGCUAUGGGAAUAUGUUUUCCUUACUUGGGAGAAUUCCAGCCAAACAAAUAUAGAGAGACAAUUUUAUGUUGGAUGGAACUGUUUUGGACAUUUGGAGUCAUAGUUUUACCAGGUAUCGCUUGGAUUAUUAUCCCGAUGGAAUUCGAGUACCUGACCGACAGUUUCAAAUUCGCCAGCUGGAACCUGUUCGUUGCAGCGUGCGCAGUACCCAGCAUCCUCAUAGGGCUCUGGUUGUUCUUCUUUCCAGAGAGCCCCAAGUUCCUGCUGGAAUGCGGAGAAGCAGACGCGGCUCUGGAAGUGCUCAGGGAUAUGUAUGCCAGCAACACGGGAGAUGAUGGAGGCAACUUUCCAGUUGUGAGUUUAAGAGAAAAAGUGCGCACAAUGAGCGUAGUCUCCCAGCAGUCUGCCAGGAGCAUUCGAAGCUUGAGGAUCAGGAAGCCGAAGGAGCUGAAGCUGUUGCUACGAGAGAUUUGGGAACAAACUAAAGCCUUAUGCACACCUCCUCAUCUGAGGUACACCAUCAUAACGUGCUUGAUACAAUUCGGAUUGACUACGAGUUACUACACGUUGAUGAUUUGGUUCCCUGAACUCUUCUACCGAUUCGAAGAGUUCGAGAACAUGCACCCGAACGAGAAGGCCACAGUUUGCGAGGUCUCCUCGGUGGUGAUCACGCCCAAUGCGACAUUGGGGCACACCGAGUUCUGCGGAGAGCCCAUAGCAGAUUCGGUAUUUUUGCACACCCUGAUAAUUGGCCUGGCCUGCAUACCGACCAGUUUCUGGCUGCCCCUGUGCGUGCACAGACUGGGGGCGAAGUUCUUCUUAGUUUUCAGCUUGAUAGUAGCAGGAGCGGUGACAGUGGGCCUCUACUUCGUGGAUUCGACCAUGACGAAUCUGAUACUCUCGUGUAUUUUUGAAGCUUUAACGAGUCUAGGAAUCAGUACUGUAUACUGUGUGAUGGUGGAUCUUUUUCCAACGAAUUUGAGGGUCAUGGCUGCUGCACUAUCGCUAACCUUUGGGAGAGGAGGAGCCCUCAUAGGAAAUCUACUAUUCGGUUUCUUAAUCGACUUGAACUGUGUAGUGCCUAUAGUACUUUUUGCCACCAUGCUACUAGGUAAUGACCAUUCCGUAAUUAUUUUAGAA